CGCAUAUGGAGAAAAACCUGAAGAAUGUGUUUUUAUAUGUUUAAAAUGUCAAAUGUAGCGGCAUGCAUUGAAUCAACUCAAUUAUUGAACUCUCUCUCCUCUUCUAUAAAUACCGAUAAUCACUUCCCAAGAGUAGCCAAACCACAUCCAUUAUUUCCAUUCAAUUAAUAUAAGAAAGAGAGCGAAAACAGAAAGCAAAUUUGAGUUUUGAAUCAUGGCAAGCUCCUGUCCUCCUGGCGGCGGCCCCCCUGACAGCAAGCCCCCUGGCAGCUGCCCUCCUGGCAGCGGCCCUCCUGGCAGCGGUCCUUCUGGGAAAACCUCAUGGCCAGAGCUAGUAGGAAAGAAGGGGGAGGUUGCAGUGGCAAGAAUAAAGAGUGAGAACCCACACAUGAGGGAUGUGUUCACAAUCAAGGAGGGCACCCCUGUCACCCUAGAAAUCCGCUUCGACCGCGUCCGGGUCUGGGUGAAUGACUCCGACAUUGUCACCCAGGUCCCCACGGCUGGCUAAUAAAUGUUGUUAUUAUCAAGUAAAAUAACACGAACAAGCUCCUCAUUAGAGGAGCCCCCUCUUGUAUGAGAUGAAAUAAAAGUUACUUUACUUUCGCUUCGUCUUAA